AUUGUGCUGUACAGAGCUAGGCAAGAGUUCUGAGCGUAGUGACAAAAGGACUUCAACCACUAGAGAAUGCAAUAUUUUACUGAUCCAGACUUCCCUCCGGACACUGAGCCAUGGAAACGUCCUAGGGAGAUAGUCGGUAACCCUCAGUUUAUCGUGGAUGGCGCUUCAAGACACGACAUUGAUCAGGGAGCAUUAGGCAACUGUUGGUUCCUGGCCUCAGCAGCAGCGUUAGCAGCACAUCACCCAGAGGCGUUUCACAGAGUUGUGCCCACAGGCCAGUCGUUUAACUUCAAUGAUGGAUAUAUAGGGAGAUUUGUCUUCAACUUUUACCCAAAUGGCGUCCAGCAGACAGUAUAUGUAGACGACCGUCUGCCAACCAGUCAAGGUCAGCUUGUCUACUGCAGUAACAAAGCCACACCCAACGAGUUCUGGCCUUGUCUCCUGGAAAAAGCUUAUGCCAAAUUUAAAGGCGGCUAUGCGAAUCUUAAUGGGGGUCACAUCAAACAAGCUCUUCAAGAUUUGACUGGUCGUCCUGUGAACGUCAGAGACAUACGAGCCGAUAAAUUCGGCAGUGCAGCAAUUUUUCAUUUCCUACAAGAAGGAGGCGACAACGGUGCAUUGAUUGUUGCUGGCAUUUACCUCGACGGACCAGGAGAUGGCCAGUUGCCAAACGGUCUUGUUAAAGGACACGCCUACAGCGUCACCAAGUUACAUCAGCUGACAACUCCUGCAGGGGUGGUGAAUUUGAUUCGCCUCAGAAACCCGUGGGGGUGUGGGGAGUGGAACGGUGCAUGGUCAGACAGCUCCAGAGAGAUGGCGUCUCUUUCAAGGAGACAACAAGAGGAAUUAAAAUUCCACACUCAAGAUGAUGGCGAAUUCUGGAUGGAAUUUAAGGACUUUGUGAGGAAUUUCCACGAGAUUAACAUUUGCUAUGUAUAACAAUUUGCACAUUCAUGGUACUCAAACUUCAAUGUCAUCAAACGCCAUCAAAUUUACACUUUAGGAAUAAAUUGCAGAAAUUUGGAGUAGAGUCUUAUUGGGUCUAUCUUUCCCACACAAUUUCAAAGGUGACACAUUCCCAACACUUUUUCCUAUAACCUAUGUUGUUUUCAAAAGUAUUUAACAAGGUCUUUUCUACAGCAAAAUAAAAAUGUACAAUAAGAUGUUCACAGCAAUC